UUUCCACGCCUGUGUACGCGUAGGCGGUCGAAACGGCGUUGCGAGGUUUUUUGCGCUGUGGUGGGUAGCCGAUAAAUAUGAGCUACAGACGGGUGCCGUUUCAGUUUAAUCCCGACCGAAGCUCGGACGAGAGACGAUCGGAGAUACUUCGCAGGUUCGGGUUUCAACCCGAAGAGGAUAACAACAUGUUCUACGAGACCAAUUCGCCUUCGUGGUCUACAGACUGGGCUAGCCGUUUCCACAGGCCCACCUUCUACGAUGACCCGGAAUGGCGCAACACCAGCUCCGUGUUUGGCAACUCUGGGUCCAUGCCGGGCUCGCCGCAAUCGUCUCGCGUACGCCGCGGCUGGACCACGGACUUCGACGAAGGUGGCGUGCCCAUCAAGGUGAUUCAUGAGACGACGUCUGGCGGUGGCACCGGUCACGACGACGACGCCGCCUCGGAGACGUCGUCCCAGGGCAGCCGGUCCAGCGGUUCCAGCGCCCGCAGUGGCGCCUCCAACGGGGCCUCGUGUUCGAAGCCACGCCAUGAACCUCGAGUCCACCACAUCCCAAUCGUGGUGGAAGGGCGCGCGGGAUCCUCGGGCUACGCCUCCGACGGCGACAUCAAGCCCCAGAGCAGCAGGAUGUCCUUCGCGAGCCCCAAAGAAGGGCAGCCCGGUGCUUCUGGGGAACCCAGGAAUGUCCACGCAGUUCCCAUCGAAGUUGACGGAUACCCUGUACAGGGCAGGCCGGCAAAAAGUCCAUCUCAGAGUCACCCCCACCAGGAUGAGGAGAUGACAGGAGAGUCUCGGAAUGUGAGGACUAUACCCAUCCAGAUGGACUGCGGGGACGAAGCCAUGGCCAGGUGUCGGGUUGACGACCCGAUGGAUCAGCAGCGAAAGAGCUGGCCGCACACGUUCCCGAGGCAAAAGUGCCAGCAAUCGGCGAGGCGUACCCCGCCGACGACAUCCAAGUCAUCGUCGGGUGGUAGGCUAGCUCCACAAGCCCCACCAUCUAAACAGGGCUCGGAGCCGCCACCCCCGCAGCAGCAGGAGGCAAGCAAGCAGUCCACGGCCGAAGAGCAGAUACGUCGGAUCAGUCUGGAGCUCGCUGACCUCCGGCAGCAGGUGCUGAACUUCAGUGGCAAGCCUGGUGACAAGCAGUACAAGUUCCUCGAUGAGAUGCUGACACGACUCAUGAUCAAGCUGGACGCCAUCGACCCGGCAGGCAGGGAUAAUGUCCGACAGCUGCGCAAGUCGAUGGUCAAGGAGGUGCAGUCCGUCGUCAACCUACUGGAGGGCAAGGAGCCGGGACAUUCGCUUGUAGAGGUUCCACCUCAAGAAGUCGGAGAGCUCGCCGACGAAGCCUCCCAGUUUGCCGACGACGGAAGCAUCGACAACGGCGAUGCAGUGGCUGCUGGGUCAAGUACGACCACCGCACCAGCAGCAUCUGCAAAUCCUGAGGUUGCAGGCCCCAUUGAAGCACCACCUGCUGUCCAAGUUGGCGGCAGCAAGGAGGAGAAGGGAGCCGUGCCUAUGGAAGUUGAAGCGCCUUCGUCUUCCGAAGCCCCUCGGCAACCAACUGCCGAGGCAGUGCCUUCUGCAGCUGGUGGCAGUGGCAGCACGGAAGAGCCCACACCGGAACCCCCGACUAUUCCAAUGCCUGUUGACCUUGACAAUUCUCUACCUGGUUCUUCUGGUAACAUUGCAGAAGCUGUACCCGUAGCACCAGGAUGUACGAGCCCCUUCAACGAACAAAACCUGUCGUCCCUCAACAACAGUGAAAUGGAGAGUACCGUAAUGGAAAGCACCAUCCCUACUGAGCAUUCAGGCUCGACGGAACUCUAAGAGGGUCUCUGGCGAGUUUGUCAUGUCACAGUAUUGCAGUUAGGUUCUGUUUUUUUUUUUUUUUUAAAUUGUGUCACAGGAUCUGGAGGUGGUCAAAAAAGAAAAGCUUGUCCAUUGCUGUAGCGGUGCUGUGGGGUGGCCCCGCUGGAACCAAAGUUUCUUGCAAUGCCUGUACAUACUGUUGUAUCUAAGUCAAAACUAUACGUGUACAUAAGUCUGUUUCUUGCCGCGUGUAUUUAAAAUAAGUGUACUGUUUCGAGCUGUUAUAAUAAAUGCCUAGCAUUGUCUCGAUGCA